ACAAAUUACUACUCUCAACUCAAAUUACUACUUUUAUUGGAGCUUCAGUUAAGCAUUUGCAGACUAUUAAGGCCCGUAAACUAUACUACAAAGCCUGCAAGACGAUCCACAACAUGACCAAUAACUUAAUCCCACAUCGCCGGAAUCCUAGCUCAGCCGAAACCCCAACCCUCAAUAACUUAAUCCACCACAUGACCAAUAACGAUCCACAACAUGACCAAUUCCACUCUACCUCAGCCGAAACCCCAACCCCUCAAUCGCCCCCACCAAGAAUUGAGGUAUUACUUUACUCAAGAAAACAGAGUGUGGUUUUUUGAAUUAUUCUGCUACAAGUAAUAUAUACUAUACUGGGAAAUUGGGAAUUGCUCUAUUUAUAAGGGAAAAAAAGCGGAUGAACAUAGCUGAGUUCUCUAUUGAAGCGCACUCAACAUCGCGCUUGACGUUCCCCAUUGAAUCAAAGUAUGGCAUUGCAUGGGAGAUCCAAGAAGCGACCACUAGAGCAACAUGUUCGCUCAUCUACUAAUAGACUUCAAAUGAAAAGGCCAAGGAUGCCAAUGGCCGUAGUGGAGGCCCGGAUGGUGAGGAAAUGGGAUGAGAUGGACCAUGACAUAUUGGUCACCAUCAUGAAGUACAUGGUGCAGGGGUCGUAUUUGGUACGGGGGUUUAAUCUUUACAAGUCCUUCAUAGUGUGCAAGUCAUGGAGGUCAGCUGUGUUGGAUUCACUCUUCCCGCCUGGCAAUGUGCUGGAUCUUUGCUUUUUGAAAGGCGCCCCAGCGGAGGAAAAGCAGUAUUAUCUAUUUUACUUGAAAUUUUUGCUCCGCCGCCCUCACCAGUACACCAAACUAAUUAUUCCCAGCAUUAAUUUUAGGGGUGAAGCAGAUAUGUACAUUGCGCAAAGGUAACACCCCUACAACUCUAAAGCAUCAAAGUGCGAUAUCUUUGAUUAUUCAAUGAUUUAACUUUUGGCGAAUAUAUCAUUCUAGGGGUGAAGCAGAUAUGUACAUUGCGCAAAGGUUGCCUAAGUUGAAGUGUAUAGUACAACCAACUUGCCUUCUCCCUUGUGGUCUUAAAAGAUUGAUUCCUUAUUGGCCGGAGUUGAACGAAGCUCAUUGUCAUGCUGCGUUAAUUCCUUUGAUUUGUAAGCAUUGUAAGAAUAUAAAAAGGCUGGACCUCUCUGGACGCAUUGGAGAUGACAGAGCAUAUAUGCUUGCUUCUCACUUCCCUCAACUUAUGCACCUGAGUAUCCAGUCGUGUAUUCUAUCACCAAAUGCUGUAUCUAUAAUUUUGCAAGGCCGGCCGGAUCUCACUAUCUUGAUACUCGACAUGCUUUCUGUAUUGAGGGAUUUCUUCAUGGUCCCAUAAAAGGGAAGGUGAUUGCAUGGGAUGAGGAUGAGGCUACACACAGAAAAGGAAAAUCCACUUCCACUGCAAUUGGAACCUCAGCCUUUGGCCAGGGAAACCUUGUGUAAAUUUCUGACUCUUGGAACUAUAUUGAGAGUUUCUGUUGAUAAAAAAAAUGUCAAGCUCAAUAUAUCUUCAGUUAGUGCUGGUAGAUGGAUAAAAUUUAUCAACCUAAUGUUUAAAGUACAUGAAGGUUUGUGGUGUGGUGUACUAACCUCAUCAACAAAAGUCCGUUUCUUACCAAAUGAACACCUUGAUAUAUUAGAGAGGCAAAGGUUGGUAAUACACAUGCUUUCUUUCUUUUGGUGCAUGGUUCACUUUGAUUUGGUAAAUAUAAUGUAUCUGAGAUUUGUGGCAGUAUCUCUUAGUAAUCUGCAUCAUUGCAUGUUCUGUGUGAAAAGGUUGUACAUAUGUUUCAUUAGGGAUUUUGAAAAGAGGUUAUCCUCUAAAUUGGACCGGAUGCCAUUUACAAGCUUUCCUUGGCCGUGUCGCAUUACAGAAAUUGAUGAUAAAGUUGAAGAUGUACCUCUUGUCACCCUAACGGACGUUAUGACAUAUCCACAGGUGACAGGAAAUUAUAAAUGUAUUGUUCGGGUUGUAGCAGCACUUCCAUGGACUAUUCAGGACUUUCGCUCUCCAGAUGGAACCUACCGGAUCCGGCUUACUUUAGAGGACCCAACUGGAAGAAUUCAUGCCUAUUUGUAUGCUGAAGAUGGGGAAGUAUUUUUUGAAGGUAACCCGCCAAUGGAUGCAUUGAUUCGGAAGUGGAAUACAUUGCUUGGAGUUGCUGAAGUUGAUAGUGGUGGUGUAAUAGAGAAUGCUCCCAGAAAUCCUCCAUGGGUUCUUUGCUGUAUCAAAUCAUAUUAUUUUGACAAAAACGAUGUCUGGGGAAGUAGGAAGUGGACUUGGAGCACUAGGAACUUCUCCUAUGCAGGCAGGGUGAAAUUGAUUGAAACAGUAUUCUUGAGUCUCCAUAUCUACUGGGCACAAAUAAUGGUUUUGCCUAAAAAAGUGCUGAAGGAUGUAGAGCAGGCCUGUAUAAAUUUUUUGUGGCAUGGUUCUGACCUGAAGCAGAGCCCUAACUUAGUGGCUUGGAAAGAAGUGUGUAAAUCCAAAAAGGAAGGGGGUCUUAAUAUCAGGGACAUCCAUUCUUGGAACAUUGCUGCUAUGGGCAAACAUGUAUGGGCCAUUAGUACUAUUUGUGGGUGAAAUGGAUUCAUGCAAUUUCUAUUCAGGAGCACCAAUGGGACACCUACACCCCACCUGCUAACUCAAGCUGGUAUUGGAAGAAACCGAAUUUUCGAUGCAAAGCUCGUAUGCUGAAGGUGAACCUUGUAGUGUUGUUUUUGUUUCUGGUUCUGAUUUGUCCUAAAUCCAGCUUAUCUUUAUGCUGACAAAAAUGAUGUCUGGGGAAGUAGAAAGUACCGAAUCUUCAAUACAAAGCUCGUUUGCUGAAGGUGAACACUGUACUGUUGUGUUUGUCACAGGUUCCGACUUAUCCUAAAUCCAGCUCUUCUUUUUGUACAUAGUGUAUGUAAAAUGGCGAAACCCGUAACUUAGACAUUGAAAUGCAUGACAAAAGGCUGGUGUAAACUGGACUAAUGUUCAUUUGAUCAUUUCAAAGAUGAAUGAAAAAUCCCCUCACUUUUAUCUGCC